AUGUCAUCAGACAAGAACUUAGGUGCUGUUACUAGUAUUACUAGCACAAAUCAUUUGGAUGUGGAAGAUCACGAAAUUGAUUUACAUGCAGUGGCUUCAAAUCCUAUCUCUAUUGGUGAUGUAGGUACUUCGUUAACUUCUGAUCAAAAGAUGUUUAUCUUAAAAAGGCUCAACUUUGAUGGUUUGAUUUCAUUGGAAGACCUUCCUAUUCAGGCAACUUUUAUGUUUGAAAAGAUUGAGAAUAUAAGCAUUCCAGAAUCUUUAGAAAUCUUACAAGAAUUGGUGGUUGUUCACAAAGAUGAUAUCAAUAUUCCAACAGCUGACAUGGAUUUACUACAUGACUUAAUCAAUGAAGCAGGUUCUCAUCAAGAUCUUACGGUAAAGGAAAAUUUAAAUUAUAGUUUGAAAGAGAAAAAACUUCAAUCAUCUUCUUCUGAAUCUAUCACUGACUUAAUAAACGAGGAUGUAUAUGAUUCUGAUUAUCAUAAAGUGGUGGAUUGGAACUUACAAGUUAGGUUAGAAGCUGCUUUGAUUGCUUACCAUUCUCCAUAUCCAGAAGUAAGGGCUGUUACUGAUCCUUAUGAUGAUCCUUCAAUUCCUGUGGAAACAGUUAGAAUGUACAUCGCUGGUAUCAUUUGGACUGGAAUUGGUUGUUUCAUUAAUCAAUUUUUCAUUGAAAGACAACCAAAUAUCGGACUUUCAUCAUCAGUUGUGCAAGUAUUCCUUUAUCCCACCGGUACAUUCUUACUGUACAUCCUUCCAAAGUGGAAGUUCAAAAUCUGGAAGUUUAAUAUUGAUCUUAAUCCAGGGCCAUGGACUCACAAGGAGCAAAUGCUUGCAACUUUAUUCUUCUCCGUGACCACUGUUGGUACUUACGUAACAGAUAAUAUCAACGUUCAAAAGAUUGAAAUGUUUUAUAACACCGGUUCUCCCGCUGGAUAUCAAAUUUUGUUAAUUCUUUCGAGUAAUUUUCUUGGAUUUGGUUUGGCUGGUAUUUUAAGAAAAUUUGUGGUUUACCCUAUACAUGCUGUAUGGCCAACUAUUUUGCCAACCAUAGCUUUGAAUAAAGCAUUGAUGCAACGUGAAAGAAAAGAAAAUAUAAAUGGAUGGACAAUUUCAAAAUAUAAAUUUUUCUUUAUUUGUUUUGGAGUGUCCUUUGUUUAUUAUUGGAUUCCCGACUUUCUAUUUAAUGCACUUCAAACAUUUAACUGGAUGACUUGGAUUCGUCCCAAUAAUUUUAAUUUGGCAGCAAUAACAGGAACCAAUUAUGGUUUAGGGUUGAACCCAAUUCCAUCGUUUGACUGGAAUAUUUUAUCUGGAAAUUCUCCUUUAAUUUUUCCAUUCUACAAUCAGAUUUGUAACUAUAUUGGAAUGAUAAUCGGGUUUGUAUGUAUUGUUGCCGUAUAUUGGACAAACCAUUAUUGGACAGCUUAUUUGCCAAUAAACAAUAAUCGUCCAUUUACAAAUACUGGUGAACCAUAUUUGGUUACUCAUAUUCUCAAUGACAAGGGUCUUUUGGAUAAAGAAAAAUAUGAGGCAUAUGGGCCUCCAUUUUACACAGCUGCUAAUUUAGUUGUUUAUGGAGCAUUCUUUGCCCUUUAUCCUUUCGCUAUUGUUUAUGAAUGUUCCCUUCAAUACAGAUCUAUGUGGAAUACACUUAAGGAUUUUGCUAUUGGUGUCAAGAAUUAUAAAAGAUCGAAUUUUGAAUCAUUCCAUGAUCCACAUAGUAAGAUGAUGUCAGUGUAUAAAGAGGUGCCAGAUUGGGUCUUCUUGGUUGUAUUGGUUAUAUCUUUAGUGUUUGGAAUAAUAUGUAUUAAAGCUUAUCCAACAGAUACUCCUGUUUGGGGUCUUUUCUUCUCUCUUGGUAUUAAUGUUGUUUUCUUGAUCCCAAUUGCAGCUAUUGCUUCAAGAACUGGUUUCAGUUUUGGUCUUAAUGUCUUAGUUGAAUUGAUUGUUGGUUACGCAAUUCCAGGUAAUGGUUUAGCUUUAAAUUAUAUCAAAGCUUUUGGUUAUAAUAUUGGAGGUCAAGCGGAUAAUUAUAUUUCAGAUCAAAAAAUGGCUCAUUAUGUUAAAAUUCCGCCAAGAGCUUUAUUUAGAUGUCAAAUGUUAGCUGUUUUGAUUCAAUCGUUUAUUAGUUAUGGCGUUAUCAACUUCACCAUAGACAGCAUAAAAGACUAUUGUCAACCAUUUAACAAACAAAAGUUCACAUGUCCUGGGACUUCUACAUUUUAUACAGCAUCGGUUUUAUGGGGUGUUAUUGGACCCAAGAGAGUAUUUGGUGGUUUAUAUCCUGUCUUGAAGUAUUGCUUUUUGGCUGGAUUUUUGAUGGCAAUUCCAUGUAUUUUCAUCAAGAAAUAUGCUCCAAGAGGAUUCACAAAAUAUUUUGAGCCAACCAUUAUUAUCGGUGGAGUAUUACUGUAUGCUCCUUAUAAUUUAUCAUACUACACGGGAAGUUUAUAUCUUUCGAUAAUUUUUAUGAAAUUCAUAAAGGAAAGAUAUGAAUCGUGGUGGAAGAAGUAUAACUAUAUUUUAAGUUGUGGAUUACUGUCUGGACUCGCAUUUUCUUCCAUAAUAAUCUUUUUCGCAGUCGACUAUAAGACUGUAGAGCUUAACUGGUGGGGAAAUAUUGUUUCAUAUGGAGGUAUAGAAGGAGGUUCGGGUCAACAAUCUUUACUUAAUGCUACUGCUCAUGCUCCAGAUGGCUAUUUUGGUCCAAGAAUUGGUCAUUUCCCUUAA